CGAUAAGCCUGUCACCUAUACCUUUCAUCUUAUUUAUAAAUCGGUGGAUUUAUUACUGUCAUUCGGUGGAUAAUCCAAGAAGAAAUGGCGCGAUGUAAACUGGUAACUUCGCUUUUAUAUUUGGGAUUGUUUUCAGUCGUGCUCAUCCUGUUUGUGGUUCACCGAGAAAUAUGCAUGGUGGCUACAAACGUCAAAUGGCUACAGAAGCCAAGUCCACAUUUGCGCAUUCGUCACGAAGACCCCACGAGACCCGGCAAAACACACACAAAAUCGACUUUCAAGCCGGUCUCGGCUAAAGUCAAGGUAAACUCAAGGAAUGUUAUACUUCGCGAGGCUUGUGCUAACAGAGGCAAAUUGGAGCUGGACGCUCUCCCCAUUCUCUAUCGAUACCAGUUGCUUCAUCAUAUCUUGGUGGACGACAAGCACAAAAUCUUGUAUUGUUACAUCCCUAAAGUCGCGUGCUCGAAUUGGAAGCGAGUGUUGAUGGUAUUGGACGGCAGGGCUAGUGAUACUGAUUCUAUAUCUCACGACCAGGCUCACAACUCAGGAGUUUCACGUCUAGCCAACUACACUGACGAGCAGAUACAGUUCCGCCUAAAAUACUAUUAUAAGUUUAUGUUCGUACGGGACCCCCUUGACCGGCUAGUAUCUGCCUACAAUGACAAGAUCCAAGGAGGCGAUCCUUACUGGCAGUUGUUCCAAUUUCAAGACAUCUUACCACUUUUCCGCACUAAGCAACAGCUGGUGCAUGGCAAUAACACUGCAACCUUUGUGGAGUUUUUUCUGUAUUUGCAAACAAUGAACCCUAUCACAAUGGAUGAGCACUUCAUGCCCCAACAUCUCCUCUGCCAGCCUUGCGUGGUCAAGUACAAUUUUAUCGGCACUUUUGAAAAUCUCCGUGAAGAGACCAAGGAAGUACUAAUACGGAUGAACCUUGACAGCAAAGUGAAGUUCCCGCAUAAACAGCGGACAUACAUAGAGCAUGCGCAAAAUUCACCAAGCGCCACAGAGCUGUUAACUCAGAUCCCACAGUCUCUGAUUCAAGCUCUUGUUAACCGUUACAGCGAUGACUAUGAACUAUUUUCUUAUAAAAAACCUUGACUUACAGUAGCUCAUCUUAUAAAUUUGGUAAAUUUUGCUACAUGUCUUGCCUAAAUGUCGGGUCUUGUUAGGAAUCGGCCUCACCUCUACUGCUACCCACAUAUUGCUCCUGGACACUUGCUGUUCUGAUCACAGUUAGGGGAAAAUUUAUUUAUAUUUAUUAAAAUGACUGCUUAUGCCCCAUAUAAAGACUAAAAUGACUGCUUAUGACCCAUAUAAAGACUAAAAUAAUUGCUUUUGACCCAUAUAAAGACUAAAAAUGACUGCUUUUUACCCAUAUAAAGACUAAAAUGACUGCUUAUGACCCAUAUAAAGACUAAAAAAUGACUGCUUAUGACCCAUAUAAAGACUAAAAA